GGUGAGAAAAAUAAUGGAUUUGACGUCCUUUACCAUAACAUGAAAUUUGGGCUACAAGCCAGCAAAGAACUUUCGGAGUUCUUCAGAGAGAAAUCGAAUAUUGAAGAACAAAACUCAAAGUUAAUGUCGAAAUUGGCACAUAAAGCUAGCACUGGAACAUUGAACAGUACUUUUGCUCCAAUAUGGACAAUAUUAAGGACGUCGGCAGAAAAAUUGUCUACUUUGCAUAUGCAAAUGGUGCAGAAGCUAAGCGAACUAGUAAAAGAUGUGGCAAAAUAUGCCGAUGAACUGCAUAAGAAACAGAGAGCAGUAAAAGAGGAAGAGGCCCAAACACUGGAAUGCGUGAAGGCAAUACAAUUGUCGACGUCAGAGGUUCAAAAAGCGAAAGAUAUCUAUAGUGGCAAAGUGCAGGAAUUGGAAAAAAUGCGCAAAGAGAAUGCUUCGCAAAAAGAUAUUGACAAAAUGGAGAAUAAAUUGCGAAAGCUGCAGGAGGAAUAUAAAGUAUUAUUGGAUAAACAUAAUCCUAUUAAAAUCGAAUUUGAACGUCGCAUGACGCAGACAUGUAAACGUUUCCAAGAAAUAGAGGAAGUACACUUGCGACAAAUGAAAGAAUUUCUGUCAACAUACUUGGAAUUGCUGCAAAACAAUCACGACAUGGUCGGGCAAGUACACUCCGACUUUAAGCGCCAGUUUUUAGACAUGACCGUCGACAAAUUGCUGGAACAAUUUGUUUUAAAUAAAUACACUGGAUUGGAAAAACCUGAAAUGCCAGAACUUGAGUUCAUUCCAUUAUCUAUAAAUCAACAGGCCCUAGCUUCCUCGAACGCCCGUCUUAAUCAGUCAUCAAUAACUUCGAAUUCCAAUUCGGUCACGAGCAUCAAUCGUGGAGGAAAUGUUGCGUCCGAACUACGCGGCGCAGAGGGAAUAUCAAUAGGUAGCAUAGCUAGUGGCAGUAGCGGUUUAGCUAAUGCUGACGAUUUAACGAAUGAAGUGAAGAACACAAAGCCAUCGUCUCGUCCCACAUCGCCAGAAUGUACAUCGACAACUGCUGCAGGCGGCCUGAAAAGUAAUUUUCGAAAUUGGUUUUCUUCUAAUAAUACGAAUAAACAACAGCAACAAAAUGUUGGAAUGCCUACAUCUGUCACUAGUGGUAGUGGAAAUUUCGGUACGGAUAGUAAUUGCAUCACAAGUUCACUAUCAGGCCAUUUAACCACCAACAAUACUACUUGUACCACCACCACUACUGGCACAUCUACCACAAUCAUCAAAUCAGAACUUCAGUCACAACAGGAAAAUAAUAAUCAAGUGUCUGAGCUGCUAAGAAGUCGCCGAGAUAAGACUAAAACUAAGAAGUCAAAGAAAAAGAAAGACAAUGAUAUUGCCGACAAUAUCCAAGAGGAAAGGGUACAUAGUCUAGAACCAAGCAAUACUUUUGGCGAACAUGAUGAUAGUAAAAUGAAAAAUCCAAACUCAAGUGGAAGUAGCACUGGCGGACAACCAAUUUCAUCUAAUUCUGCAUUUGGAAGUUUGGAGUCGACAGCAACGGGCGUUCCAGGGUCGGGGCUAACUAUCGGUACUACAACUGUAGGAUUAGCAAAUGUGAACGAAAUCGGAGAUGUCAGUCAUAUAAAGAAUAACAACAACGUGACACCAUCGAUGGGUCAAUCUGCUGAUGGCAAUGACGUAGAUGAAGACGGUUAUAGCAUUCAACCUCCAAAAGAAGUCGCAUGGGAAGAACGUAAUGAAAAUGCAGGUAGCUUUUAUUCCGACUCCGAUUCUGAUUCGGACAACGAUAGACCCGAGAAGCGUAUACACGUUAAGAUUAAACCUCUCAAUAAUGGUCAAGCACCCAUGUCAGCAAGUGUCGACGAGCUAAGAGCUACCGUAGAAAAUAUUUCCUUAUCUCCAACUGGAAUAUUUACUCAGCACAGUCAGCAGUUACAACAGCAGUCCAGAUUGCCAUCGCGGCAGCAAUCUCCAGAGAUUUCAAAUGCUUCAACUCCUACCGCUGCUGUGCAUCCGUAUGCGCCUUUGCAAAGUCCAACUCUAUCAAUGACUACAAAUUCAAGGUAUGCCGAUUUGGGAGACAUAUUUUCCGAAUUAGGGGACGUUAGUAAUUCAGCACCAGCUUCAGCAAACCUUGCCAAGAGCCAUGGUCGCCAAAUUCCUACCCCAACAUCGGUAACUAAUAGCAGUAUUGCCAUUCCUCGACCACCAUCUCGACGAUCGGAAAUGUCCAUCGGUGCCCGCGGUCGUAUCAGUCCUGCACCAAUAAAUGCAAUGAAUCGUGCCGACAGCAUAGGUUCCCUGGAGUUUCGGACAGCUAUUGGGGGCAUCGGUUCCUCGAGAGGUCCUUCCCCGCUAACCAUAGGCAUUUCAGAUACAGUGCCAUUGGCUGUGGCCUUUCAUGAGAUAAUUCAUGCUUACUUCAGAGGAAGUGACGAAUCUCGUUGUCAAGUGAAGAUAUCUGGAGAUAUGAUGCUGUCAUUCCCAGCCGGAAUUGCUGGUCUAUUGGCUAACAAUCCAAAUCCUGCAAAACUAGGAUUUCGAAUUAAAAAUGUUCAGAACUUGGACAAUUUUAUACCAAACAGUAAAUUAAUACAUGUCGACAAGAAUCAGUCAAAUUCAUUUAGCACAAUGCUGGAAUUUAAUAUGCCAGCGCUGACAGCAUUGUUGCGCCGACAAGCCGAACAUAACCCAACAGCAUCUUAUUUUAAUGUAGACAUUCUUAAGUAUCAGGCCCGUACCAAACCGGGUGCCGGUUCAUGUCCUUUCCAGAUUGUUUCCUACUGGAAAUGCGAGCCCACGUUCACCGCUUUAAAAAUCGAUUAUAAAUAUAAUAAUCAUGCUAUGGCAGCUGCAUGUCCAUUGCUGAAUGUUACACUUUCUGUUCCCGUGAAUGGAGCAGUGCGAAAUGUACAAUCUAAACCACAUUCGGCAUGGUUGGGCGAGUCGAACCGGCUUGUAUGGAACUUUACAGAUAUAUCACAGAAUUCGCCCGAUGGAGGCGUCGGAACCCUAAGGGCACGUUUGGAAUUAAACGAUGGACCAUCGACACCUGCUUUAUUGAAUACACAAUUCAAUUGUGAGGGUACAACACUUUCAGGCAUUGAAUUUGAACUCCAAGGACUUGGUUAUAGAGUAUCAUUGGUAAAAAAAAGAUUCGUUUCAGGAAAAUAUGUUUGUGAAGGAGACGGUAUUCGCAGUGCAGCAACACCUACCCCACCCUCUGUUGGUUCGUGUAGUCCAUUUUCCGCAAAAUCUAACUAGUUUAAUUUGCUGUU